AGGCAGGGGGCGACCGCCGCGGUCCCUGCGUGGGUGUGUCCCGCCGCCGCCGCCCGCGGCUAAAAGCGUUGCCGGGCGGGCGGGCGAGCUCUCACUCUCUCUCUCUCUCGCAGCCAUGUCGCUGAAGAAGCGCGUUGCCGCGGGCAAGAAGCGCAGCGCCGACUCCGGGGUGGAGACAGAGCGGGGCGCGCUGACCCAGGCGCAGAAGGACCAACGGAUCAGCCUCUUCCUCAGGGGCUUCAACCAGCAGGCCAAAGAGAAUCUUCAAGAAAUGAAGAAAGAAAUUGAUUCACUUUUGCAAACAGCUGAGAAAACAUUUAGAGUGGAGUUACUGAAGAUGCCAGUUGCUGUCAGAAAAAUGAAAAGAAAAGACUUGCUUAACCUGCAAGGAAGAGAGGAAGCUGCUGUUGUAGCUGCCGCUGUUGUAGCAAAUGACUGCUCUGUAGAGGACAUUCCAAAUACCAGGCUGGUGAGGAAUUGCAGCAAAAGAGUUAAGGUAACUACAAUUGUUGAAUAUAAAGAUGAGGAGACUGUGCCUGCCAGAAAAGCAUCUAAAAAGGUGUCUAAAACAAAAUCACUGGUUUCUUUAGCUUCUGGCACACAUCUCAAAGAAAACCAUUCUCUUUCUAGAUCUGCAUUCUCUACUCCAAAUGUGAGGCAUUUUAAGGCUCCUACAUCUGAUCGCACAGCUGCAAACUAUAAAUCUGCUCCACGUGUUUCUAGAAGACUACAACAAAUGGCUGUCUCAAGAACUGUACCUAUGAGAGAAAAAGUCCAAGCCAUGUCACUAAGAAGUAACUCGGUGCCUCGGGAAAAAGCUGUUCCAUUUGUUAAUAUACCUCUGGCUGAUGGAAAGACUCUCUGUUCUGCUGGUGAAGACCUCCAUAACAUCAAUGUCGAGUUGCUUAAUGAUGACACAGUUCAGCAUAUUCAUAAUCUAGUGAGCCAAUUGACUGUUUUAUGUGGAAAAGCAACAGUUAAACCAAGUUAAUGGAGUCUACGUGCAUAUGUUGUGUUCUCUCAGUUGUGUAUUAUAUAAAUAUUCUGUGCAGUUACUUGUCUGUUUUAAAUGUUUACAUAAACUUAAUCUUUAUAAAUAAAGUUUUAUACUGCAUAUUUAACUUUCUAUGUAUAGAAAGACUUGCAUUUUACAGCAAUAUGAUUAUGAUGUCUUUACAAGCUCAAAGCCACGUUACCAGUUGCUUCCUUAACUGAAAGAUAAGACUGCUUCCUAUUCAUGUUAGUUUAAUGAAGGGACAACUUUGUAUCCUUCCCAGAUUGCUCAUCUCUAUUUUUGACCUCCUGUGCUCAGUAAAUUAUACAUCAGAAUACACAGUAAAAUACAUCUGUUACAUCAAAAGCUAUUUCUCAUCCUUCUGAAGUUGUGCAGCAUUAGUGCUAAGCACCAGUUCAAGAUAAUGCAAGGUGAUAUAAACUCAUUCUUUUAGACCCGCUUAGACCAAUCUAUGUGACAGUCUCGUUUGUAACUUGUAUACUGGGAUGGGCGUGGAGGGUGUAAUGUAAAUUAAAGAAGGGUAGAAGUCACUCUAAACUCUCUUGUUAGGCUGCCUUAGUAUUUCUCUAGUCUAGCCCAUAGUCACAUGACUAAGACCAGGCUACACUCAGAGUAAAACCCUAAGUUAAACGAAAGGCAUUUGGGUUCAACUGUAUCAGAUCAGUUUCUCACUAGGCUUCCCUAAAUUAAUUUUUGCAGCUGUCCUAACAUUUUCAGUUUCGAAACUCAUUGGUCCAGCACUCGGAAGUUUCAGUUGUGUGUACUAUGUUGAUACAAGGUGCCAGUACUUUAUCUUGUAACCGUUAUGGGGUGAAUGAACCUAGAUUUAGAUUAUAAUCAACAGGAUGUCAUCAACCACUUCAGGUUUCCCUCUUGAUCCAAAGAAUAGUUGUCCCUAGCAAUCUUGAUUAUAAGAAGCCUCCAUGUUCGCGGAAGCUC